CUGUCGCCAUUUUUCGGUCUCGUACUCGCACUUCUGGUGGCUCGGGUGAGGGGGGGGACGAGCAGAAAUAAGGGAAAGUAUAAAAUAUAGAAUCGUUAAGCCGGGAUCCCUCGUGAGCAGUCUGGAAUGCACGCGGAAGCUACAAUAUAACGUACGAGCUCCUGAGAUGCACGCGCUGGAGACAAGCCGCUGCUGUGAAAUAUUUUUUUGUGUGAAGACGUGUUGCGGGCCGCCAUUUUUUUGCCGUGCUGCCUCAAAACUCUGCUCCGACUCGAGAAAGGGGAUUCAAAAACGCAUUUCCAUGACGUGUGCCUUACCAUAAGAUCAAGAAGAUACAAACUAAUCAUUUCGUUUCCGACCCGCGGCCACUGGCAGCCUUUAGAAGACAUGCGGAUUUAACAGAUGAAAAACUGAGGCCACCUUUUCCGUUCUCGUAACUGACAGUGACUGGAGGAGAAACAUUACAACAAGAGAAGACUGGUGUUUUCUCGGAAGGCGGAACGAAAAAGGGAAGCUUCAUUGAUCAUUUGUUGCUUCUGUGUCCGUCGUUUGUCUGUGCUAAGUUUGAAUUAUUUUUUUCUAUUUUGGCCGCUAAAACAAUCACGCAGCCCUUGACUGGUGAACACAGGGAACACAUUAUGCUCCAAAGUUGGAUCAAGCCAGUCGCAGCCUGUCUCUGAAAACGCAAGGUUGUUGAUGUAUUGUAUUUUUUAAAUCCGAGGUCUACGGAGCCUGCGGCGUUUGUGCAGAAAUCACUCGAAAACCUCUCAGGGCGGCGAAUGCCCUGCCCUGCAUCUUACAAAUCCUCCAAUUCGCUGUGAUUGGGCAAUCCCCAACACGAUCACACGUUUUAAGUUAUUAUCUAGUCUGUUUUGUAAUUUUCUUUCUUCUUAUUUGUAGGCCGAUAUUAACUUAUUUUUGAAUAGAAAUGUCAAGUGCUCGGUUUGAUUCACACGAUCGGUCCUCUUGGUAUUUUGGACCCGUGUCACGACAAGAGGCACAGAAUAGGUUACAAGGACAGAGACAUGGCAUGUUUCUUGUUCGAGACUCGUCGACCUGCCCCGGCGACUACGUGCUGUCAGUAUCUGAAAACUCCAAAGUGUCUCACUAUAUCAUCAAUUCUUUGCCCAGCAAGAGGUUUAAGAUAGGCGACCAAGAGUUUGAGCACCUCCCCGCUCUCCUGGAGUUCUACAAAAUCCACUACCUGGAUACAACCACGCUGAUAGAGCCAGCCCCCAGGUACCCAAGCACUGGGAGUUGUCCUAUCCAGCCCAUAGGUGGCCCAGAGGAGAACCUGGAGUAUGUGCGGACUCUGUACGACUUCACUGGCAGCGAUGCAGAGGACCUUCCUUUCAAGAAGGGGGAGAUCCUUAUCAUCCUGGAGAAGCCUGAGGAGCAGUGGUGGAGUGCCAAGAGUAAAGAGGGACGUGUUGGGAUGAUCCCUGUGCCCUAUGUGGAGAAAUUGGUACGACCUUCACCUCAUGCUGGCCAGUCUUCCCAUGGAUCUCGCAACUCCAAUAGCUAUGGGAUCCCCGAGCCCUCCCAUGCCCUCGUCCACGCCUAUGCCCAGCCCCAGACACCUUCGCCAUUGCCCCCUGGAACACCUGGAGCAGUUAUCACCCCUCUACCGUCCAUGCAGAAUGGCCCCGUCAUGGCAAAAGCCAUCCAGAAACGAGUGCCAUGCGCCUAUGACAAAACAGCUCUUGCUCUAGAGGUUGGUGACAUCGUCAUGGUUACACGGAUGAACAUCAGUGGUCAGUGGGAGGGAGAGGUGAAUGGACGGAGGGGUCUCUUCCCAUUCACCCAUGUCAAAAUCAUAGACCCCCAGAAUCCGGACGAGAGUGACUGACCUAAGAGUUCGACUUGACCUUCUCGCCAGUAUCGCCCUGUACCUGAAUGUGCUGGCUCUCAUACACCUUUCCCGCCAGUGUCACCACGGUUACGUGCUUGCCUGCUUGGGGGGGCUAUACAAUGAUAGUGACCCCUCUGUUGUUACCAACCGUUGCAAGGCUUUCUGACUGUUUACAGCUUUGGACAUUGGAUCCAAACUAAAACCUGCCCCCACUUCUCCCUGUUCCCUCUCCCAUGUCUUGGUUCCAGGCUGGGCAGUGUUUUUGCAUUUGUGUCCUUUUCAUUUCCAGAUCACUGGGCAUCUGUGUGUGUGUGUGUGUGUGUGUGUGUGUGUGCGUGUGUGUGCGUGCGCGCGCGCGUGUGUGUGUUCACAAUAGAUAUUUACCACAUUACAUCACAACAUGUCUGUUUUGUCUUUUUUAUUUUUUAUUUCUCUGAAUAUUUGUUAAGUUUGAAGUCUUUGGGACUUUAAAACGUGUUGGUUUGUUUUGUUAUUGUAAGGAUAUUUGUACGAAGUAGGGAAAAGCAAUAUCCCUAUGGACUUGGGAGAGCACUGAGGCAAUGAGGAGCUAACCAGCCAGUCAAAUGUUAAUCCUCCAAACAAUCAAGUCACUGUUGUACCUUAACCAUCAUACAAGCAAGCACACACGCAUGUGCACACACUUACUAGCCAUGAGUGAUUCAGGUUGACAGGUUUUUGAUGUGUAUGUGAUGUGUGCCUGGAGUCAGGAAGAAGCAGGAGCAAUGGUUUUGUGGAGGAUAUAGCUUGGUAGUAUAUUCUUAGAUCCCAUGAUCCCAUCCACUCUUGAACCUGGCACAAGUCUGGCUGCAGACGUAUUUAUCUUUUGUUAAUAAGACAUGACACGGCCAUAUGUGAUUUUAUCAUUUUCUUAUUUGUGCCACAUGAUCAACUUUUUGUUUGUUUGUUUUGUAAUUUGUGACAUUGAGAAGAUGUAUGGUUGAGGGUUAACUUUGCAUGUCCACUUGGUACCUCCCUUUACUGUCCUUCGCAUUAUUUUGUACUUACAGGACAUUGCUUAGAGAUUAGCAGGUUUUAGUGUCAACAGUAACAAGCACUAGAAGAUAUAUUUCAACUUGCUGCAUAGGAGUGCAAAGCUUUGAACAGGUUUUCAGAAGUCAAAUAUCAACGGCAUUAGCCCUGAGCAGCACUUCCCACAAGCAUCUGAGAACAAGGCUAGCUAAAAACGCAGUGUCAGCAAGGGGACUGAAGGCUUUCCACUAUGAGAAACUCCACACUCAGUGGCGUAUGUCAGGAAAGGAGGAAAUGUCUCAACAAGCCAAUGAGAUCCCAUUGAUGCCUUUUUCAGAGAGUAAGAUAAAUGCAUCUUUUAGCGCAUGCAGUCCCCUCUCAAACCAUGUAAUGUUACUCCUGUCAGUUUAGGAUUUCAACCAGCUUUAUUGCUUAAAUAUUUGGCCCGUGCAGUUUUUGUCUCUCGUUAUGCAAACAGACUAUUGGAGUAGUGGAAAGCAUCUUUGUUCGUACUGCGCUGCAACCAAUUUUAUUUGAUCAGUAGGAGCCGAGGAUUAAACAGUUGUGCAAACGGCGUCGACUCCCAGAUUUCUGCUGUAAAAAUGAACCAUUUCACCCCAGUCUCUUCUGGUGCUUUCCAUUCAAAUCAUUGCUCGGCCCUUCAUUCAGUAAUAUUGUGCAGCUUUUAGUUGUAUCCCAAUUUAGCUUUAUUUUUGUUUUGUUAGUUUAUAGUCUGCUAUUAAAUCAAGCAUUUUUGUUACAAUGAGUGGUGGUGUAUUAAACAAAAGUACCUAUGGUGACAUUUACAAAAGGGAAAAAAUGCCUGCUGGUUGCCUAUGUGCAUGACCUCUUGGCCGGGGAGAUGGUUCUACCGGGCCAAAUGCUGCUUAAUGUCAUUUAUGUCCUUAAUUAAAUAAAGGUUUCUGUUAUUUUAAUCCCUCCUGGUGUGUGUGCAAUCAAACCAGUGUGGGUUUUCCUCAUCAAACUUAAUGAAAUCUACUAAUUAAGCAAUACACCCUGAUUUUCUUUUCUUUGAGGUGAGCUUUUCCUCAUGCUUCAGAGUUGUUUUUGUAAUGGCAGUAUUACUGUGCUCUCUUCUCAUAUUCUAGGAAAGCCUGUCUUUUACUUAAGAAUUGAAAAUUGUGCCUUUUAUUUUCUUAUACCAUUUACAUGUGUUAAUAUUUCCCGUGGUUAACACCUGUGCUGGUAUUGACCCUUUAUGUACAGAACAAGUAAAUAAAAUUUACGUCUACUUCUUUAAA